AUGGCGUCAGAGAGAAUGGACAAGGAAGAUGAAGAGGAGAGAUAUUAUGGCUUGGAUGGGGGAUACCUCUUCCAUAACAAAGAACAGAUAACUUCUCUUAGCAACAAUUCGAAUCUGAUAUUCCCGGCUUGUCCCCGGCAUGUCCCCGGCUUGUCCCCUGCUUGGUCCCGGCUUGUCCCCGGCUUGUCCCCUGCUUGGUCCCGGCUUGUCCCCUGCUUGGUCCCGGCUUGUCGCCGGCUUGUCCCCUGCUUGGUCCCGGCUUGUCCCCGGCUUGGUCCCGGCUUGUCCCCUGCUUGGUCCCGGCUAGUCCCAACUAGUCCCCAGGCUUGUCUCCUUGGUCCCGGCUUGUCCCCCUAUAUUGGUCCCGGCUUGUCCCUGCUUGGUCCCGUUUGUUUAAGUCUAUAUUUGUCAGUUCAUUAUCUAUUUAUCUAUCUAUCUAUCUAUCUAUCUACGUCGACUAAUAUCUUACCCAGAUCAUAUCUAUCUAUCUAUCUAUCUAUCUAUCUAUCUAUCUAUCUAUCUAUCUAUCUCAGUCUGUUCACAUCUAUCUAUCUAUCUAUCUAUCUAUCUAUCGAUCUAUCUAUCUAUCUAUCUAUCUCAAUUUGUUUAUCUAUCUCAAUCUAUCUAUCUAUCUAUCUAUCUAUCUAUCUAUCUAUCUAUCUAUCUAUCUAUCUUAAACUCUGA